AUGAACGCGAAUCUCUACCCAGCGAUGGCCACAGACAGGGACGUCAUGUGGGACAAGGUCUGUCGGCUGUGCUCGGAGGAGAGGAACGAGAUGCUGCCGAUCUUCGGCGACGAGGGCCAUCAACGUAGAGUGGUACAGAAGCUACGCGCCUGCCUACCCGUGCUUGUAUACAAGACUGAUCCGUUGCCGAAGCAGAUCUGUCAGUUUUGCGCGGCCAGAUUAGACGACGUGUAUCAGUUCAGAGAGUUUUGCAUCAAUGUCUACAGGAGUAUGCAUGCUGUGUUGCUCAAGUGCGAACAGAUGGAGUCUGCUCAGAUAUUCCUCAAUGCAAUGAUGAACUCGUCUGAUCCGUGCCAGGCUCAACUCUGCAAGGAGAAGUCUAGAGCUCCACCACCGUUGGUUCCUUUAUCAAUCGUCAUGCCCUUUGACGACCCAGCGACGCCGAUUAAUCAAGUCAAUCAGGAUCAUUUUCAGAAUACCUGCAUGGAAACUUUGUCUGAAUUACCCUGCGAGGUAGAGAUUAAGGAAAUGAAUAUGGAUCCAAUUUUCAGUGCCGAAACCGCCACUUGCGAACCGCUUAAUAAAAAGCGUAAAUUGUCAGAGAUAUUUGAUGUGGAUAUACAGACAAAAGCGGAGUCUGUUCUUAUACCUAAUGUAGAAGGAGCAAAAGCUCUUAAGUCGAAUUGUCUAGCCAAGAAAGAAGAGAAACGAACUAGUAUUCUGGAACAAGUAUUGACUGGUAAUUUGACGGUGAAUAAUCACCAGACACUACAACCUGGAACGAAGUUAACUUCCGAAUGGUGGUGUGCACCCUGCAACAGUUACUACAAAACAAAGGACAGUCUAAUGACGCAUAUGCAAUUGCACUGCCCGCGUGUAUAUACUUGUAGAAAGUGCUCCGCGUCUUUCGAAUCUGUCGAAAUCUUAGCCAAACACGAAGCUAAUAGCCAUUUGAAGGUCAAGAUGGAUUUCACGGAAAACUUGAACGACUGUGAUCAGUGCGACCGGCAGUUUGUGAGAUGGGAAAUGCUGAAGCAACACAGACUGCGCGAUCAUUUAGCCGAAUUGACUGAUGGAAGCAAUACGUGGUGUUCAUUAUGCAAUAGAUUCUUCCCUACAGUAGAAUCUUAUCAAAAACACGUUCAGUUACAUCAAACAAACUCGGCGAUGUCUCAGAAGUUGCCAUCUUCAGAAUUUAUAAUGACAAAAGUACCAGAACGAAUUAGAGAAAUUAAACGAGACGAACAGUACUGUGAAAGAUCUCUCGAGUGUCCCACUUGCGGGAAGAUUUGCACCCAGCAGAGCGCAUUAUCGAAUCACAUGCGCACUCAUGAACCGAAGAAGUACAAAUGCGACGUUUGCGGCCGAUCAUUCGGACUUUUCAUACGCUUAGCGGCACAUAGAAUAGCCGAGCAUAAUGAACAACCAAUGAUGUCACCAGUCUUGUCAGCAGUCGAGCAAGAGGAAGCCUUAAACGCUGAGAGGGAAGCGAGGGAAGCGAGGGAAGCUAAAUCUCGCAAUGUCAAGAAAUCUUAUUCCGAGAUAAUGGAGAAGAACGAUGUCCCAAUAGAUGACGAAUCUGUAGCGAAACGCAUUUCUGGUGGAAAUAAAAACGUGACGAGAUGCGGCAUUUGCUUACAAUGGUUCAACGAUCACACGACGAUGUUAACGCAUCUUCAGAUACACUCGGAGUCUCAUAAGAAUUACACGUGUAACAUAUGUAAAAAAUCGUUUAAGGAACAAUCGCAGCUGUUGAAGCACGAGGCUAGUCAUAAACGUCAAACGCUCGAUAAUGCCUCACUGUACACACCCGCUGUUUACAACAAAUCAUUAGUGGAUAAGGCGCAGCAAAAGACACACACGGUGGCUAAAACCUAUCACUGUGCAAAGUGUAAUAAAAUCUUUUUCAAAGAAGUAUCGCUGCUCGCUCAUAUAUGCAGGGAUACAGCACAACUUGAAAAGAAAGUCACUGAAAAGAAGUCUCGGCUAAAGACGUCACUUCAUGUUGGCAAUAAGACACACAAAUGCUCCAAAUGUGACGCGACUUUCGCAAGCUCGCAGUCACGAAACGCUCACAUGAAAAUGCACGCCGAGUAUAUGCGCGGCAGUACGGCGCAGACACAAGAAAUUAAAAUCGAAGCAGACGACGAACCGAUGCCAAAAUUGCGUCCAGAAAUCUUGGAAUAUGUAUCUCCCAUCGAGCCAAAGGUUGAAAUUAACGAAGAGGAUACACCUCCACCUCUUAAACGGACUCUUAUUAAAACUAGUAACGGGUAUCGAUGCGGUGUAUGCCAAUCACCGUUCGUGUUGAGGGAUCUAGCCGUGGCGCAUUUGAGAUCUGCACACCCCGUGAUGCCAUAUCAGUGCCCUUAUUGCAAGAAACGCUUCACGACGCAGUACACAUUUGCCCAUCAUAUUAAGACGGAGCAUCCCGACGAACCCGAGAAAUGAAGAUCGUUUGGAUCACGCUAGAGAAAAUGGACAGAUCGAGAUUAUAUCACAGCAUGUGCCUCGUAUUACGUGUGAAAGAAAGAAAAAAAGAGGGUUGUGUUUAUAGAUUGUAUACGAAAUGUGCGUACAUAUGUAUAUACUUCACACUGUAUAGUGUGUCAAUUUUUUCGACUGUUAAUUAGCCUUGAAAACUUUUCUAUUACAUAAUCGCAGACGUACAACGUUGAAGUGUUUGUUACGCGAGGCUAUUGAUAUUAGUACUUACACUGAACGUGCCUGUACAAGUGCUUUGUUUUACAACAAUUAUACGAACAAUCGACAGAUCUUAUUCAUAAUUCGAGAAAAAGCAGUCUCAGAGUAAUGAUAAGGUAGAUCUCGAAGAUCGAAACAUUCGGAUGGUCACGUAAAUUUUAGCGGCGACUAGUGACAAUAGAAAUUUACGCAAUUUGUAUCAUAUAUUCAUAUGAUUUAUAUUUUAGAUAUAAUUCUGUACAUUUUUCUCGCGUGAGACUUUAUAAUUAAAUGUAGUUACAGUAAAUAUAUCAGGAACCUUGAAAAUCUUGAUUAUUCUAGAUCACGAUCGUUCUAGA